AUGGCUAGGACUCAGGGGCUCAGGGACAGCUGCCACUGGAGUUCACCAGUCACCAGUCCAUCAGGAGAGAGCACCAUCCACCAGUUCACCAGUCACCAGUCCAUCAGGAAAGAGCACCAUCCAACACCACCGGUUCUCCAGUCACCAGUCCAUCAGGAGAGAGCACCAUCCACCAGUUCAACAGUCACCAGUCCAUCAGGAAAGAGCACAAUCCAUCACCACCAGUUCUCCAGUCACCAGUCCAUCAGAAGAGAGUACCAUACACCAUCCACCAGUCUAUCAGGAGAGAGCACCAUCCACCACCACCAGUCUAUCAGUCCAUCAGGAAAGAGCACCAUCCACCACCACCAGUUCACCAGUCUAUCAGUCCAUCAGGAGAGAGCACCAUCCACCACCACCAGUUACCAGUCCAUCAGGAGAGCACCAUCCACCACCACCAGUCCAUCACCCUGGGCCUGGGAUCUCACCGUCUCACCUGCUUGUAAUAGCCUUGUAUUCCAUAGUAUUGUUUUCGGUCGUGAACUUGUAGGCCGUCACAACUUUAGGGCACUUGUAGUAUAG